CACUAGCUGCGGUCACACUGCCCGUUUCGGUUUUUUCGCUUUUGCUUUGCUCUGCUCUUCGCGUUAUUUUUAGCCGCCUUUUUCGCCGAAAAGUCUCAUUUUUGUGGCGUAAAAUUCCGGAAUUUCUACCAAAUCCGACCGGUUGGUAAAUCACCAACGCACGCAACUAUUUAAGGUGACAGCAAACGCCAUCCGGUUUUCCGGGUGACUAAUUUUGGGUUGGAAGAGUUUUUUGGACCCACGCAGCGCUAUUCGAAAUGAGGCUGCUCUACGUGUUUUUACUGAUUCUGGCCGUGCGUCUGGCCUCCGUUUUCGUGGUCCAAACCUACUACGUUCCGGAUGAAUAUUGGCAGAGUCUGGAGGUGGCCCACAAACUGACCUUUGGCUAUGGCUACCUGACUUGGGAGUGGGUUCAAGGCAUUCGCAGCUACGUGUAUCCCCUGCUGAUUGCCGGACUGUACAAGAUCCUGGCCCUCCUGCAAUUGGACACUGCUCAGCUACUGGUGCUGCUGCCGAGGAUUCUCCAGUCCCUGCUAUCUGCCUACUCCGAUUAUCGCUUCUUUGUUUGGACCGGCAAGCGAAAGUGGGCGCUGUUCUUGAUCCUCGUUCCCUGGUUCUGGUUCUACACGGGCUCUCGUACCCUGGCCAAUACUUUAGAGGCCUCUCUGACCACCAUUGCCCUGAGCUAUUUCCCCUGGUAUGGCGAAUCCACCGCAUAUCUGUGGCCAGCUGCCAUCUGCUGCUUCCUGCGGCCCACAGCGGCUGUUAUUUGGCUUCCAUUAUCCCUCUAUCAUCUCCGCAAGAGCCGCCAGAAUGUCGUCGAGCUGAUUCUCAAGCGUUUUGUGCUCAUUGGUUUACUCGUCGCCGGACUCGGAAUCGCCAUUGAUACUUACUGGCAUGGUCAGUUGAUUGUGACCCCCUACGAAUUCCUCAAGUACAACAUCUUCAACAACAUCGGCAGCUUCUAUGGCUCGCAUCCGUGGCACUGGUACUUCACCGUGGGUCUGCCCACCGUUCUGGGCAUCAACACGCUGCCUUUUAUCUUUGGCGUUAUGGAAACUGUGAGGAAAUCGGAGAAGUAUCCAGUUAGCAAGCAGCUUCUGAUUACCAUAUUCCUUACCCUGGUCGUUCUGAGUGCCGUGGAGCACAAGGAGUUCCGUUUUGUGUCCUCGCUGCUGCCCCUCUGCUUGUAUGUCAUCACGGAUGCCUUGUCCCGCUGGAGUUACAGUGCCUCGCGCACUAUGUUGUGGACCACUGCGCUGGUGAUCCUGGUGGGCAAUGUCCUGCCCGCCUGGUAUUUAAGCACUGUGCACCAGAAGGGACCCAUUGAACUGAUGCCCAAGCUGAGGGAGAUUGCCCAGGAGUAUCGCGAUGAGCGCGAGCAUCAGGCGAACAUACUCUUCCUGAUGCCCUGCCACUCUACUCCGUACUACAGCCACAUUCACCAGAAUGUCACCAUGCGGUUCCUGACCUGCGAGCCCAAUCUGGAGAAGAAGGAGCAGUAUAAGGACGAGGCCGAUCGCUUCUUCGAGGACCCCCUGCAUUGGAUUAACUCGAAUAUACCCAUACAUCCGCUUACCGCCCAGCCCACGCAUGUGGUCCUCUUCGAUCCGCUGGCCGAGAACAUCAGCGUGUUCCUCCGCAACUACCGGCUGCUCCAUCGCAUCGAGCACGCAGAGGUAAUCCGGCUGGAGGGCUCGCAGGCUCUGGUGGACGAGUGGUCGCAGGCACUGGGCGCCCAGUCACCUAAUCUCGCCUCUCUAUUGCAGCAUCGCCAGUCGCGCACAGGUCGCUCCAUUUUGGUCUACCAGCGCUUGAAAAAGGGCGAGGAGAAUGCAUUUAAUCGUGGCUCGGAGCGGGAUCAGCAGGAGCCGGAUGUCCACGAUCAUCCGCCGCUGGAGGAUCUCCCCGCGGCCAACGAGAAUCUGUUCAAUUAGAUGAUAGAGCCUGAAAGAAACCGAAGCCCACCACCACCUCAGCCCUCCGUUCAAAAGCAAUGACACACUUAAUAUUAACUUGAAAUGGAAUACAAUAAUUAUAUUUUGUAUCAAUUUUUUGGCCUUAGAAAAAGUUUUUAAAACGUAGUCGCCGCGAGGAGAGCAGAAAAUCAUUUGAUAAUCGCAGGCGCAUUUUGUGUACUUUGUGCUAGUUGAUAGUUAAUAGUGUGUAAGCCACCCGAGUAUUUAGACUCCAGAGGUCUAACGAGAGGCAAUAUAUUUUACGUAGUCGAUACAAACACUUGACCUGUCCUUUCUUUAAUUUCUCGAAAUAAAGGUUCAGUUGAGUGAAAAUA